GUAUUAGUAGAUUCUGUCCUUGUUUUAGUCGGCGAAGUUUCCUAUUACUUAUCACCUCUUCUUCAACAACAAAAAAAAUCCCUUUCAUAUCUAUCAUAUAAGAAAUAUAUUCACUUAAUUCCACCAAAGUUGUCUGCUUUUUCACUUUUCUGAAUAUGGGUCUUUGGGAUUCUUUGCUCAACUGGCUUAGAAGCCUAUUUUUUAAACAGGAAAUGGAACUUUCCCUGGUAGGCCUUCAAAAUGCAGGGAAGACAUCUCUCGUCAAUGCAAUUGCUACCGGAGGCUACAGUGAGGACAUGAUUCCUACGGUUGGAUUUAAUAUGCGCAAAGUUACAAAAGGAAAUGUGACCAUAAAACUCUGGGACCUUGGAGGCCAAAGGAGAUUUCGCAUGAUGUGGGAGCGGUAUUGUCGGGGUGUCUCUGCGAUAUUGUAUGUUGUUGAUGCUGCUGAUAGAGACAGUGUACCUAUAACCAGAACUGAGUUACAUGAACUUUUGAAGAAACCUUCAUUAAGUGGAAUUCCUUUGCUUAUCUUGGGAAACAAAAUUGACAAAUCAGAAGCUCUUUCGCAGCAGCCGUUGGUUGAUCAACUAGGUCUUGAUUCGUUAACGGAUAGAGAAGUCUGCUGCUACAUGAUCUCGUGCAAGGAUUCUGUAAAUAUCGAUGCUGUUAUCGAUUGGUUAAUUAAGCACUCGAAGACCGCAAAAUGAAGAGCCUCUUCCGUGAUAUAGUAAUCUGGAAAAUAGAAUGUAGCUCUUUGUGAGGGUCUUGAAAUGAUCUGUUAAUAUAUUUUCUGGCUGAUCUUUCUUUUGUUGCUUCUAUAUAGUUUUUUUAUUACAAUUCCGUGUUAUAAGUGCUUGAACAAUCACAUCUUUCAUUAUGAAUUUUGCAUUGUUUGUCA